GGAAGUUUGUCUUAGAGCUGCAGAUUCAUUUGUCUAGGAGAUGAGUGUCAUGGCAGCCCUGUGUGUGAACGUGGUGACAGUCAACAUGUUACUGAGUGUCUUCUUUCUUUCAGGUGUUUGGGCUCAAUGUGGUGAGAAUACAGCCCUCUUCAUUACUGCACCAAAGAAGAUGGAAGCACUGAGUGGAUCUUGUUUGAAAAUCCCAUGUAAUUAUAGAGAGACACCAGGAAAUAAGUUUGACAGCAGCAGAGAAAUCUUUGGAGUGUGGAUUAAAAAUGACUUAGAUUUUAGAAAUCAUCCAGAAAAUGUAGUCUUCAACAGUAGUGGGUCAGUUAACAUCUAUCCAAUGAAUAUUACUGGAGACCUGAGUCAGAAAAACUGCACCACAGUGUUUUCUGGUUUAAACACAAGUCAUUCAGACACAUACUACUUCAGAAUUGAGAACGAACCGUUCAAGGCAACAGCUUCUUGUGAUCAUCUUCAAAUAACAGUUAAAGAUUCUCCUUGGAGACCCACAAUUAACAUCUCAGGUGAUGUGAAGGACAAGGAGUCUGUCACUAUCACCUGCUCAGCUUUCACUCCCUGUCCACACUCCCCUCCUCAACUCACCUGGAAUCUACAACAAGACCCUCACAACAAAAUAGAGGAAAACACAGAUGGGACCUUUACAACUAAAAUCCAGGAGACCAUCACUCUGUCAGACACACAUGAUGGAAACAACAUCAUCUGUUCUGUCAGAUAUCCUGUGAAUGAAGGAAAAGAUGUCAAGACAGCAGAGACACAAGAGACUCUCAGUGUUUCAUAUGCUCCUAAAGACACCUCAGCAUCCAUCAGUCCAUCAGGUUUGGUGUCAGCAGGUAGCUGGGUGAAUCUGACCUGCUCCAGCAGAGCCAAGCCUCCCAUCAGACACUUCACCUGGUUCAAGAACAGCAAAGAUGGACCCAUGAACGUAUCUGAAGGACACUUCUACAGCUUCAAUGUGACUGAUGGAGGAGUUUAUUACUGUGUGGCCUCAAAUCAACUUGGUAACCAGAGGUCACCAUGGAUUUAUCUGAAUGAUGGAGGGUUUAGGGUUGAUGUCCAUGUUACACUGAAGAUCCUGGGAAUUGUAAUUCUCUGCAGUACAAUCAUCAUCUUUGAGUGGUGGUUUAGAUCAAGAUUCUCCAACAAACCAGAGAAGGAAGACAACAUCGACAGAGUGAUUGAGACUCAAGCUUCAUGAGCCUCAAGGAGAGGAGGAAGAUCCAUUGUCAGUGGAAUUUUUUUUUUCUAAAUCCUUGGUUUUUGCUGCACGCGAGUUAUUUCUGUCAUGAAAGUGAUAUUUUUGUGCACCACAGCAUCACCCACACCUGAACAUAUGAAAUAUUAUUCUCUUGCAGAAGAUUAAGUUUUAUAUGUAAAAUAUUUUUAUGUAAAAUUGAGUUUCUUUUAAAAGUGAAAAGUAUCGAGACACUGUGCCCUGCUUCCCUUCAUUUAAUGUACUCACCAUGUGGCGUGGUGAACGUCCUGCACGCAGUUACUAUAUGUGUUGAUGUGUUUCUUGCUGUUCUGGUGGAUGUGGUUUUGUGUGCGGUGUUAGAAAGAGGAAUAAACUGAGAGAUUAGCAA